AUGAGCGCAGACCGAAAUCCUAGUACCGUCUCUGGCAUGCGCCAAAAGUCCGUCGCCGAGGAACCUGUUACAUCAGUCCUGGCCCCCGGCGAGGUCCCAAUCUGGGAUCGAGAAUUAAGCGCUGAUGAAGAGGUUCUGGCAGCACUUGGCUACAAACCUGAAUUCAAGCGUGAAUUUUCGUUGUGGACCUCUUUCUGUGUCUCCUUCGCCGUCCUCGGCUUGUUGCCAUCCUUCGCCUCCACUCUCUACUAUGGUAUGGGUUAUGCCGGUACUCCCGGUAUGGUCUGGGGUUGGUUGAUUGCCAUGGCUUUCAUUCAAUGUGUCGCUAUGGGCAUGGCCGAAUUGUGCUCUUCUAUGCCCACCUCGGGCGGCCUGUACUACGCUGCCGCUGUCCUUGCGCCUCCAGGCUACGGUCCUCUCGCUGCCUGGAUUACCGGUUGGUCAAAUUGGCUGGUCCAGGUCACUGGUGCUCCAUCCGUCGAUUAUGCGUUGGCUUCCAUGAUUCUGGCCGCCGGUUCCAUCAAUAAUCCUGAUUUCGUUCCACAAAAUUACCAGGUUUUCCUCUUGACGACCUUGAUCAUGAUCAUGCAUGGUAUUAUUUCUUCCAUGCCUACGCGUUGGAUUGCCACAUUCAACUCUUAUGGCAGCACCUUCAACAUUAUUGCCUUGGUCAUCGCCAUCAUCACCAUUCCGGCCGCCACCAAUCGUCCCGAUCAAGGUCUACCACGUUUCACCAAAAGUAGCACGGUUUGGGGCAAUUUCUACGAGGGAACAGACUUCCCCAAUGGAGUGGCUUUGCUCAUGUCUUUCAUUGCUGUCAUCUGGACCAUGUCGGGCUACGACGCACCAUUCCACUUGGCCGAGGAAUGCAGCAACGCCAACAUCGCCAGUCCCCGAGCCAUCGUCCUGACCUCCGGUGUCGGUGGCCUCAUGGGUUGGUUUUUGCAAUUGGUUGUGGCUUACACGGUUAUUGAUAUCGACGAGGUCCUCAACUCCCCCAUUGGUCAGCCGUGGGCUUCGUACCUCAUGGAAGUGCUCCCCAAAAACACCGCUCUGGCGAUUCUGUCGAUGACCAUUGUAUGCGGUUUCUCCAUGGGUCAGGGUUGUAUGGUUGCUGCGUCACGAGUCACGUAUGCGUACGCCCGCGAUGACUGCUUCCCCUUCUCCAGCAUUUGGAAGAAGGUUCACCCAUGGACCAAGACGCCGGUCAAUGCCGUCUGGUUCAACUGCGUUGUCGGUAUCCUCUUGACUCUCCUUCUUUUUGGAGGUGAAGCGUCUAUCGGCGCUAUUUUCAGUGUGGGUGCCAUCGCGGCUUUUGUGGCUUUCACCAUUCCCAUCACCAUUCGAACAUUCUUUGUCGGCAGCCGUUUCCGUCGUGGACCAUGGCACCUCGGCAAAUUCUCUUAUCCCAUUGGUGUGGCAUCCACUUGCUUCACCUUGUUGAUGAUUCCCAUUCUCUGCCUGCCGAGUGUGACAGGUUCUGAUUUGGAUGCUUCCCUAAUGAACUGGACUUGCCUGGUGUGGGGUGGUCCCAUGUUGUUGGUUUUGGUCUGGUGGGUGGUCGAUGCUCAUAAAUGGUUCAAAGGACCAAAGGUGAAUAUUCAACACAUGAUGCUUGGAAGAGAAGAAAAUGUGAUUAAUGCCAAAGAAGGAGGCUCUGAUUCAGGAAGUCAGACAUCUCCUGCACCGGUCAAGGAUGGAGAUAAAGUGGCUGAAGUGUGA